AUGGUGACCGCUGCAAUCCGCAUAAGCGGACUUGACGAUUCGCUGACGGAGGAGGAGAUAUGCACCGAGCUUGCGCGCAUCGGCGAAUGCUCCGUCGGUGCAGUCAAGGCUGGCUCUAUCAAGCCCGGAUCCGGAGGAAUGGGCCAGGUUCUCGUUCGUUGCCCGAUAGCAGCGGCGAAGAAGAUUGUUACAGUGACGAAGCUGCGCAUCGGGUGGAGCGUUGUUCGCGUCCACCUGCUGGAGGCCCGGAGGCUACAAUGCUUCCGCUGCCACGCGUUGGGCCAUGUGGGUGCGCGGUGCCCGUCGUCGGUCGACCGCAGCCACGACUGCUACCGGUGCGGACAAACCGGCCACGUGGCAUCCGGAUGCACACUGACACCGCGAUGCGCCGUCUGCGCCUCCGCCGGGAAACCAGCGGACCACACUUCGGGGGGCAAGGCCUGUGCAAGGCCCCCGAGAAAACCGAGGAGAGAUGACGUCGCUGCACCCGCGGCCGCACCCGUUGCUGCAGACCGAAGUCAACUCGGCGAGACGACGACUCCGAUGGACGUCCAGCCUCCGUCGGGCACAAGGAAGACCGGGGCUUUAUGA